AUGCCUUCUAUACUAGAGGACCCCUCCUCACGCAUCCCCGCACCAACAGCCCACAUCACCGCUGCACCCACACUAUCACCGCGUCAAACUACCCUCCCCAAGGCUGCUAAUGCAGGUAUGACUCUGUACCCCGUCACGGGCGGCGCAUCUACUCUCCCAUGGGAAUUAGUCAAAUUUCUACACGCGGAAUUCAGCGCUGAAAUUGAGCGCGGGAGCACUUAUCCCAUGGAGAAGCCGAUGGAGCUGGAGCAGUUUGCGGAGUAUUGGUUUGGUACGUUUGCGGUUGUGGCUGUUCUUGAUGAGGAGGGUGGUGCUGCUGCUCGGGAUGGGUUGAAGGAGGGGAGGGAGUGGGAGAAGGUUUGUUUGGGGACGUUUUAUAUUAAGCCGAAUUAUCCUGGUCGUUGCUCGCAUAUCUGUAAUGCGGGAUUCCUUACGACCACUGCUGCACGGGGGAAGGGCGUUGGGCAGCAGAUGGGCGAGGCGUAUCUGGAUUUUGCUCCGAAGUUGGGAUACAAAUACUCAGUCUUCAACCUGGUCUUCGCUAACAAUCCUGCGUCUAUCCGCAUCUGGGAGAGGCUCGGGUUUAGCGUCAUCGGACGGGUUCCUAAGGCGGCACGUCUCGCUAAUAGCGAGGAGCUGGUGGAUGCGUUGAUUUUUGGACGGGAAUUGGGGAAUUAA